AUGUUGAAGCUCCUCUGCGCUGCUCUCUGUGCAGUAUCAUCAGCAAGUGCCACAUGCUUGGGCGGGCAUUGCUUUCCGUCCCAGGAGCAAUUGAAAGCCUUCAACCGAACCGUUCACGGCAGGUUGAUUGCACAAAGACCCAUCGCUACAGCGUGCUACUCUACCAGCGAUCAUCAGUUCAAUCAGACUGCUUGCCACGAUAUCCGUGCCAACUUCUUCAAUGACGAAUGGCGUGCCUCUCACUCAUCCACCUAUCAACAACGCAAUUGGGAGGACUGCUCUUUUGAUGCGUCUCCUGCCUGCCCUCUUCCUUCGACAGACCUUACGUACGAUACACAUACCUGCGAGCAGGGCAACAUUCCGCUCUAUGCAGUCGCUGCCGAAACGGCAUCUGAUAUCAGCACUUCCGUUCGCUUCGCCACCGAUCACAAUCUGCGGAUCAUCGUCAAAAACACGGGUCAUGAUUAUCAAGGUCGUAGCUCAGGUCAGGGUGGUUUUGCGAUAUGGACGGCUGGCUUGAGGAGUAUCUCUCGGGAAAGACGCUUCACUCCUAAAGGAUGUGGAAGCGGCCAAACGCAAGACGCUGUCCGUCUUGGCGCCGGCGUACAUUGGAAAGAAGCAUAUGCGUUCGCAGAAAAGGAGAAAAUGACUCUCGUAGGUGGUGACCUACAAAACGUCGGCGCUGCAGGAGGUUGGCUUUUGGGCGGUGGGCAUGGGUUUCUGACUCCCAAGCUAGGGCUUGGUGUGGACAAUCUCCUUGAGAUGGACAUCGUCACCAUUGACGGGAAGCUUCGAACAAUCAGCGAAUGUGCCGAGCCUGAUCUCUUCUGGGCCGUGAGAGGCGGAGGAGGAGGCACAUUUGGAGUGACGGUGUCCGUGACAUACAAAGCACAUCCUAUACAGCCUAUCAGUGCCGUCUUUGCAACGAGUAUCGGUGUGGACUUGCAAGGCAAUGACGGGUUGAGACUGUUCGAAAGCUUCGCCAACAUAACCGGACCCAUGGGCGAGCAUGGUUUGGGAGGGACGAUCUUGUCUCAAGGUCCUGCGACAGUGUUUGGGGUGAUUGGUGCGACAACGGAUAUGGACUUGGUGCAGAGAAGUAUGUCUGAAGUAUUUACAUCCUGGUCGCUGCUGAUCGUACGUGAAGUCGCCAGGCCUUUCACGGAAUUUGUUCGAACUCUGCCCAGCUCAUUCCUCCCCUUUCUGAACACUGUACUGCCAAACCCGUAUCCAGCAGGAUACGCCUCCACGGUCUCCUCACGCCUCAUUCCGACCUCAUACUUCAAUUCAGCUGAACGAAGUGCCACUGUAGCGAAAGCAACACACGACGCAAUGAGAAAGAACUUGGAAGUCGGUACAUCCGCGCAGUUCCACAUCUUUGCAAACUCGCCAUCGAAGAGGCACACUGGGAGCAAGACAAGCGUGACGCCGGUGUGGUAUGAUAGCCUUUGGCAUGUGUACCUCGGUCAGCGGUGGGACGAAAGUGUUGGAGUUGAUGGGAAGGCUGUGACGAGGAAUGUAUUUGACGCAAUGCAAGUUUUGAGGGAUGCGGUGCCGGAUGGGGCUGCUUAUCAGAAUGAGGCCGACGUCUACGAGCCUGAUCAUCAGCGUGCGUUCUGGGGCGAGAACUAUGCGAGGCUGGUGAGGGUUAAGAGGAAGUAUGACCCACGCAAUCACUUCCAGGUCUGGCAUGGAGUUGGUAGUGACCAAGGUCGAGAUGAUCUAUGGAAGUGCUGGAAUGUAGAUUGGCAUGCGUCUAGUUGGUGA